UGCAAACUCUACACUAUCCACAGCGCCACCGUGCUGGCCCAGUUCAGUGUUGUAAUAUUGUGGACAAACUAAUUAGCGCAAAAAAAAUAAAAUAAUUAAAUAAGAUAAUGAAAAUGCAUAUGCAACCUCUGUGUACAUAGCUGUGGUGACCAUAUUUCAUGACCAGGAUGAUUAAAAAUCCAAAGUAAGCCUCAAUUGUUUUUAUUAUAUGAAAUAUUCUCCAGAUCCAGGUUUGUUUGACUUUCUCACAAUACCUGUCAGAACAGCGAAUGCUGCGGCCACAUAUAAAAAAUAUUCAGACAUAAUUAAAAAGUGUCUAAUGCAGUCAUUUAGUCAAUGCCUAGAGCGAUUUCACAAUUUGUGGCGCUCCACAAGUCCUGGAUUAAAGCAAAUAUAAAGGGGUGUUAACAUGAUCUCUGCUUCAUUUGCAGCCAUGGAUGUUAACAUUGCUCUCGGACUGCUUGCUGCAUUGGUUUUCACCUUACAGACAUAUAACUCAGAAGGCAGAAAUAUUAAGUGCCGUCAAGGUCAACACAAUCUUCAGAAGCGUUCGGGUGAAGAUGUUGUGAUUCUGGAAGGUUAUGAAGUGACUCCGCAGGAUCAGGAGCGAGGUGUUGGGUGUGAGGAGCAUGAAACCGCCGGUCUUUUCCCAACUCCUCCUUCUGAAGCAAUCAGAGGCAAUCAAGUACCACAAAUGCCAGCCCCAACCUCUAAAAUACCACCCAAAAAGCAGUUGUGUUGGAUGUACUACGGUACGCCUGUGAGGCUGUAUUUACCAAUGAGGAAUCUGCCCAAUUCUCAAGGCAAUAAUAAACCGUAUACGGGAGGAAUGAGUGGAAACACUCAGGCGAGGGUGGUGUGUGGAAAACCUAUGGGGAACUUCCCUAAGAAUUACAGCAAUGGCCAAGGAAAGCAAAAUAAUAAUGGAGCAGGGGCAAUCAAACCUGUAGUCGUCAGGCCUGGGAUGGCUUUUCAGGUCCCUGGUGGUAAAAGUACCAAUUUUUACAACAUAUUCAGAAAUUAUCAAAGAUUGAAGGCCGCUGAGAGGCCCAGUUCAAUUUCUUCUCGCUGUACUUAAAGGUCCUGUAAGAUUAAAAUAAGGAUCUCUAUUAGCUGGUGUGCUCAAAAACAGUGACAAAAUUCGCAUUUAAAAGAUAUUAACAUCCAAUGCUUGGAAUUCGUAACUUUCGCCUAUAUAAAUGAACAAUUUUUUUGACAUCACCUCAUACUUUGGUUUCUCAUCCAAUCUUCUGACAUGCUUUCAAGUAUUUCCCGCCUAAAGUAUUGCAAUGGCAGAUAGAAAAAUAAUUAGUGUAAAUCAAAAUAUUGACAUUGCGUGUAAAAUUAUAAUGUCAAAUUAUAAAGUAAAAAACUAAAUGCGGAAUAAUAAACAAAGAAGUUGCAUGCCAAAAGCUAAUCAAAAAUGCGUUUAGAUAAAAUAAAUUUUUCCCGCUCACAUUUGAACUCCCCAUUUGUCUGAUUGGCUGGAGGAGCAACUGUCAAUCUCAACUAGUGGACCAAUGAUGACGCUAAAGCCCGCCCGUGAUUUAAAUGAAACUCGGAUUGCGAAUAAGAAGACCGUAAGCACAUUAAACAGUCAAAUAUAAGCGGAAAAACUGAUUUUGUUCUAUCACGUUUUCAUUUUUGAUUCACCCUUAUUAUCUAUUGGUACAUGAUCUUGUUUAUCGUUCUGAGUUUAGUUUUCGCUUUUUUGCUUGUUGCACAGUUUUUUUUUAGAUGUUAGUUAUCAGCAUGUUAGUCAUAAAGAUAUAUAAGCUGAUGUGCUCCAAAACAGUCACUAAAUUUGCAUUUAGAGGAUAUAAACAUCCAUUGCUUGGAAUUUGUCACUUUCGUCUAAAUAAAUUAACAAUUUUUUGACAUCACCUCAUACUUUAGUUUCUCAUCCAAUCCUCUGACCAAUAAGAUGCUCUCUAGUAUCCGAGAUGCUUCGCUCUCUAUGGGAUCGCGGUUAGAAAAAUAAUGCGCUUAAAUUAAAAUAUUGACGUCGCACAUAAAAUUAUAAUGCGUGAAAGGGAAUCUAAAUGCAGUAUAAUAAACAACAUGGUCGCAUACCAAAACUUAUCAAACAAAAAUGAAAACCCGUUUAGACAAAAUAAAUUUUUUCGCUCAUAUUUGAACUCCCCCUUCGUCUGAUUGGCUGGAGGAGCAACUGUCAAUCUCAACUAGUGGACCAAUGAUGACACUGAAAACCGCCUGUGAUUUAAAUGAAACACUCAUUGCAUCUUUUCGAAAUGCAAGCGCAGAAUGUGGGAGCAAGUGCAAAUGAGAAGACCGUAAGCAAACAAAACAUUCAAAUAUGAGCAGAAAAACCGAUAUUGUCCAAACGCUUUUUCAUUUUUUGAUUCAUGCUUAUUAUCUUUUGGGUACGUGACCAUGUUGUUUAUUAUUUUGAGUUUAGUUUUUGGUUUUACGCGUUAUAAUUUCACACAUGAUGUCACUAUUUAGUUUAUGCGCAUUAUUUUUCUAACCACGACCGCAAUACUUUAGGCGGGAUUUUGAAUCCAUCAUUUGCUUUUCAUUUGAUGCGCUUGAGCUCAACU